AGAGUUGACGGUGAAAAAGUGCCGACGGUUGAAAUUUGACGAUGUCGGCGGGCCCGCUGAACACGAACGCAAAGGCGCACAAGCUCGUCACCGAAGACAAGGUCCGGGCUGCUCUUCUGAAAGAUAAAGGCCCAGACGCCAAGUACAAGUCAUUCAACAUUGUAGACUUCUGCACCAAAGGAGACAACUAUGCGUGUUUUGUUACCAGUGUCGAGGUAGAUUACCAGCUGGGUGGGGAAGACAAGAAAGUCACUUACAUCGCCAAACUCAACCAUUGUCUAGCGAUGGACUCCUUUGAACCAUUUUCUACGGUUUUGUUUGAAAAAGAAGUAAAUUUCUACCAGAAAAUGGUGCCUAGUUUGAAUGAAACGCUCAACAACAUUGGUCUACCACCGAUUAAAUUUGCAUCUUCGUACUUUGCGUCGUUGGAACCGAAAAGUCAAGUGCUGCUGCUCGGCGACAAAAGGAAAGAUUCUUUCAAGAUGGCCGACCGAUUUAAAGGCCUUGACGAUGACCACGUGAUCUUGGUCGUGAAAGAACUUGCUCGUUUGCACGCGAGCUCAAGUAUUCAUGAAGAUAAUUUGGGUUGCGAAAAGUUUCUUGAGAAACAUGAUUAUCUCGAAGAUUUUUUCACGGGAGCAAGAAUCAAAAGCUUAUUACCGAUGUUCGACGAUUUAUUCAUUCAAUACGUAAACAAUGGCGCAAAAAUUGCGGAGCGUGUUGUAGGGUACGAAAAAGUUGCAGCUUGGCUCAAGGAGAUUGCUCCAAAAUGCAACGAUGCUCUCUCAAAGGAAGUUUCCGAAUGUGACCCCAAGUUCCGAGUGGUCAACCACGGCGAUUGUUGGAACAACAAUCUCUUGUUCAAGUACGACGAUGGAAAGGUAACGGAUGUUUGUCUUCUGGACCUUCAAAUCAACCGGCACGCUUCUCUUGCCUUGGAUUUGAACUACUUCCUCUACACGAGCCUGAACGGCGACACGAGGAAGAAAGGCCUGACUUCCUACCUGACCUCCUACUACGACUCCUUCAAAGAGGUCUUCCGUGCUGCCGACAAGCCCAUGAAGUUCACUCUGGAAGAGCUUAACAAAGAGUUCCGAAACAAGAACCUGUUUGGACUCCUGAUGGGACUGAUGGUGAUCCCUAUCGUGGUCAUGGAGUCAACUGAUGUUACCGACAUGAGUGACGUCAGAGAAGACAACAUGAAGGAAAAAAUGGAGGAACAACAGCAAAAAAUAUUGGAUAUGGUUGACACGAGUCCAGUUCUUCGGCCUCGUCUGCUGGACAUGUUUGAUGAGAUGGUGGAACAUGAACGGCGCAAAAGAAUCAGAUUCUGUGAGUCCAACUCUACCACCAGCAUUAUGUCGGCGGGCCCGCUGAACACGAACGAGAAGGCGCACAAGCUCGUCACCGAAGACAAGGUCCGGGCUGCUCUUCUGAAAGAUAAAGGCCCCGACGCCAAGUACAAGUCAUUCAACAUUGUAGACUUCUGCACCAAAGGAGACAACUAUGCGUGCUUCGUCACCAGUGUCGAGGUAGAUUACCAGCUGGGUGGGGAAGACAAGAAAGUUACUUACAUCGCCAAACUCAACCAUUGCCUGGGAGUGGAAUCUUUCGAGUUCUUUGCACAAACUGCAUUCUUUAAGGAAGGAAAUUUCUAUCUCAAAAUGAUUCCGGACUUGAACAAAAUCAUUGAUUGUUUUGGCUUGCCCCCGUUUAAGUUUGCUCACUGCCACUUAGCUUCAUUUGAACCCACAAGACAAAUUAUUUUGCUUGGUGAUAUGAGGGAACAUUCGUUCAAGAUGGCCAACCGAUUCAUCGGCCUUGACGAUGACCACGUGAUCUUGGUCGUCAAGGAGCUUGCUCGUUUACAUGCCUGCUCCGUCAUUCUCGAAGAUAGUAUGGGAAAUGAAAAGUUUACUGAGAAAUACGAUUUUAUCGAAGAUUUUUUCACGAGCAUUAAACAUGAAGAUCAGUUAGUGACAUUUAGGAAUAUGUUUGUCCAGUUCAUCACCAAUGCAGCUAAAAUUGUGGAGCGAAUCGAAGGAUACGAGAAAGUGACUGCGUGGUUGAAGGAAUUGGCACCGAAAAGCUACGAAAUACUAAAGCAAGAGAGCAACGAAUGUCACCCAUCGUUCCGUGUAGUCAACCACGGCGACUGUUGGAACAACAACCUACUCUUCAGCUACUCUGACGAUGGUGCCGUUAAGGACGUUUGCCUCCUGGACCUCCAGAUCAACCGCCACGCUUCGCUUGCGCUCGAUUUAAACUACUUCCUCUUCACGAGCCUGAACGGCGAAACGAGGAAGAAAGGCCUGACUUCUUAUCUGACCUCCUACUACGACUCCUUCAAGGAAGUCUUCCAUGCCGCCGACAAGCCCAUGAAGUUCACAUUUGAGGAGCUCGUUGCAGAGUACCGCAACAAACACAUGUUUGGACUCCUGAUGGCGCUGAUGGUAAUGCCCAUAGUGGUUAUGGAGUCUACUGACGUACCAGAUUUUACAGACGUAAACGAAGAGAACAUGGCGGAGAAAAUGGAAGAACAGCAACGAAAAAUUCUGGACAUGGUUAACACAAGUCCAGUUCUUAAGCCUCGACUACUUAGCAUGUUUGAUGAGAUGGUAGAGCACGGCGUCAUCAAAAUAUAGUACUCAUGUCUUCACGUCUCAUGUUGGGGCUUGAGGGUUUCUGUUCAUGAUAGGCCACGAAUACUCGACAGUUUGUGCUAACUCGGUAAAUGCGACAUAUCAUAGAGAAAGAAGCAGAAAAUUUACGUUCGCUAAAGCCAACACCUGUGAAUAGAUAACCAUAUAGUACUUUCUUCAUGUCAGGAGUAAUAAUUUUGAGUGUCAGACAUAAGUUCCCUGAUUAUUUAAACCAUUAACUGCAUGCCAUUAAAUUAGUACUUUAUGCAUUUAUUGAAAAACUAUCCGUCCGGAAAAAGAAAAUAAUUUCGAAAUUUUGCUGAUUUAAAAAGAUUCCGAUAUUACUCUACCAAUUUCUAUUGAUUUGUAUGGUAAUCAAAUGUUAAUGCACUAAUGAUAGAGCUGUUCAGUGUGGGACAUUUUUGACAACUCAUAAGUGUGCACCUCUAUAAGUAUAUUCGUUACAAACUUAUGCACAAAUUUUAGCCUAAUUUUUUCGUUCAAAGACGUUUUAUAGCAGUUGUACCGUUACUGCAAUCGCGUUACAGUUCCCAGACGGGAACUUUAAUGAGGGUUUUGUUGUACCUCGUGCAUGACAUAUGUACAUGCAAGUGCAAAAUUUUUAAUAUGAAAUAUAUAUAAAUAUACAUAUUAUAUAC